AGACAGCGCCCAGCUCGUGUACCGUUGACAGCUGAGAUCAAGUGACCAGGCUGUCAUUUCUGCGCGAAGCACUGUUUCCAAAAGUGGUUUACUGGACGCCGCACAAGAUGGCUACUGAGGUUCUCACGACGGAGUCUCAGCAGGACGCCGGCUUCCUCGACACGGAGAGCAGUCGCAUGCCGAGAGACGUGGUCGCAUCACUGAACUACUAUAACGACCCCGGCGAUGGUUCGCCGCCCCAUCCGGUCUUCAUUGGAGGAAAUACGGUCACCAACGAGAGACCCACCAUCCCGACCAAGGUGACCGUGAGAGACAUCACCGGUGAGGAGGACAAAUAUACCCUCGACGGCUGCGGCUUCCAGCUCUGCCGCCACGAGGCCCAAUCCCAGUGUCGCCAAGACGGGUACCGCGACGACAAGCAGAUCAAGGCGGAAUAUUUCCCCGAGAUGGAGCAAAUGCUGAAGGACGUCACCGGAGCGUCGCGCGUCUUCGUAUUCGACCACAAGACCCGCCACGGGCCGUCAAACUGGCACAGCCUCGGGGCCGGCAACUCGGCGAAGCGCGGACCCCUCCACCGCGUCCACGUCGACCAGUCGUAUGCCGGCGCCGAGUUCCUCGUGAGGUGGUACCUUCCAGACGAGGCGGAGGAGCUGCUCAAGGGACGGUGGAUGAUCAUCAACGCCUGGCGCCCUAUCAAGACGAUCUACAAGGACCCCCUCUGCGUGGCGGACGCCCGCUCCGUCGCGGAGGCGGACCUCGUGGCGGCGCGGACCGUGUACCGCGACCACGAGCGCGAGACGUGGACGGUGCGGCCGGCCGAACCGCACAGGUGGUUCUUCAAGCGCGCCCAGCGGCCCGACGAGGUCCUGCUGAUCAAGUGCUUCGACACGGUCGACGACGGUGGGGUCGCGCGCAGGGUGCCGCACACGGCGUUCCACGACCCCGAGCAUGCGGAUGGGGAGUGGAGGGAGAGCAUUGAGAUUAGGACUAUGCUUUUUUUCGACGAGUGAUUGGGGCCCGGUGCGGUUUGGCUGUGUGUGUGUGUGUGUGGAGCUGUGGUUUGGGGGUGUCUCGGCGCUGGAAGGCUAGGGACUCGGGACCUGACGUCGGCUUUUGGGGGUUUGUUCGCGGCGUUACGAACGGAAUCUAGUUCAGGCUUUGACAUUGUUU